UCAUCAUCGUGUUUCGUCGUUGGUUUUGUUGGUUUUGCUAUUGUGUUGCGCUCGCGAUUUGUUGUUGAACUCGUUGAACUCGUGUGGAGCGUCUCCGCCGCGAACUGUGAUGUGAUCCGUUGAAAAUAAUUAGUUUCAGUGUAUGCGUGCUGUUAUCUGUGAUAAAAUGACCUGAAUAUAAUGUGGUUGCAUUAGUGGUGCCAGUUAAUUAGUGUAAAAUGGGUUUGAUCACGUCAAGGGAACCGACAAUGUUGGACGGACCGGUCGCGUCGACCAAGAGUAACCAUGUCCGCCAGCCUUCAACCAGGAAUCGGACGAAGCCUCCAAUGCCGGAUCGAGAUGAGCUGGAGAGCCGAUUCAUCAAAGUCCUGACGUCAAUGGACCUGCCUCCCGACAAAGUGAAGCUUCUCCGCAACUAUGACCUGGAGAAGAAAUGGGAGAUCAUCUGUGACCAGGACAUGGUGCAGGCGAAGGACUCCCCGGCGCACUACCUCAACAAACUCCGCACGUACCUGGACCCGAAAGCCUCGCGGAGUCAUCGGAAAAGAAAAAUGGUUGGUGAUUCAACAUCCACACAAGUUCUCAGAGAUCUGGAGAUAUCACUUCGAACCAAUCACAUAGAAUGGGUUCGCGAGUUCCUCAACGAACAGAACCAGGGGCUGGACGUGCUGAUCGACUACCUGAGCUUCAGACUGAGCAUGAUGCGGCACGAGCAGCGGAUAGCGCUGGCCAGGAGCCAGUCCAGCGACGGGAUCAACCAGGGAGCAAACACAACCUCAUCAGACUGUACCACGCCGGCGGACGCCAGCUCCACACUAAACGCCUCUUGGAGGAGGAGGGCUCGAAGCACUGACGCGGAAUUAGAAGCCGCAGGCAGCCCGGCCGUGGCUCGACGGCGGACGAGACACGCGGCGCGGCUUAACAUGGGCGCCUCGACUGACGAUAUACACGUGUGCAUCAUGUGCAUGCGGGCUAUCAUGAACAACAAGAGUGGGAGCCCGGCCGUGGCUCGACGGCGGACGAGACACGCGGCGCGGCUUAACAUGGGCGCCUCGACUGACGAUAUACACGUGUGCAUCAUGUGCAUGCGGGCUAUCAUGAACAAUAAGUACGGUUUCAACAUGGUGAUCCAGCAUCGCGAAGCCAUCAACAGCAUCGCGCUUUCCCUAGUCCACCACUCGCUACGUACCAAGGCGCUGGUGCUAGAACUCUUAGCUGCCAUCUGCCUAGUGAAGGGCGGUCACCAGAUCAUUCUGUCGGCGUUCGACAACUUUAAAGAAGUGGUCGGAGAACCGAGGCGGUUUCACACGCUUAUGGAGUACUUCAUGAAUUAUGACACGUUUCAUAUCGAGUUUAUGGUGGCGUGCAUGCAGUUUGUGAAUAUCAUCGUGCAUUCGGUCGAGGAUAUGAACUUUAGGGUGCAUCUGCAAUACGAAUUCACGGCGCUCAAGCUCGACGACUAUUUGGAGAGGCUGAGGCACUGCGAGAGCGAGGAUCUACAGGUGCAAAUAUCGGCGUAUUUGGACAAUGUUUUCGAUGUGGCCGCCCUCAUGGAGGAUAGUGAGACGAAGACAGCCGCCCUGGAGAAGGUCAACGAACUCGAGGAUGAGUUGGGGCAUGCUCACGAAAGGCUAGCGGCGUUGGAGCGAGAAGCGAUAGCGAAGCUAGGAACGUUGGAGGCGGAGCUGGCUCAAGUCCGGCAGGAGAGGGACCAGCUGGCCGAGGCGCGGCGGCAGGUCGUCGAGGAGCGAGCUAGCGAUAGCGAAGCUAGGAACGUUGGAGGCGGAGCUGGCUCAAGUCCGGCAGGAGAGGGACCAGCUGGCCGAGGCGCGGCGGCAGGUCGUCGAGGAGGUAGGCUGUCUCUCUCUGGCCCGCGGGGAGCGAGCGAGCUAGCGAUAGCGAAGCUAGGAACGUUGGAGGCGGAGCUGGCUCAAGUCCGGCAGGAGAGGGACCAGCUGGCCGAGGCGCGGCGGCAGGUCGUCGAGGAGGUAUCAACGUUAAGGCGAGCGCAGCAGGACUCGAGAAAUCGCCAGUCGAUGCUCGAGUCCAAAGUCCAAGAGUUGGAGUCGCUCACAAAGUCGCUACCUAGAGGGGCCUCAAUGGGCGCGAUAUCCUCCCACGCGCUAUGCAACGGCACAGCGAACGGUCACGCGCUCACGAACGGCGACCACCGGCCAUCACCACCACCACCACCCGUCCCUACACCCGCCGUCCCGCCGCCGGCUCCCGCGCCGCCGCCGCCGCCGGUUUUAGCCCCGCCGCCGCCGCCGCCGCCGCCGGUUUUACCCGUUGCGCCGCCGCCGCCGCCUGCCCCUGGUCUAAUGCACCCGCCGUUACAGCAUGAUGCGAUGACGAUCAAGAGGAAGGUCGACACGAAGUACAAACUGCCCACGCUCAACUGGAUCGCGCUGAAACCCAAUCAGGUGGGUUUAUUAUGCAGGAACAUAAGGCAGGGUACUCACCUGCCACUCGCCCCGCCGCCGCCGCCGCCGGUUUUACCCGUGGCGCCGCCGCCGCCGCCCGCCCCUGGUUUGAUGCACCCUCCGCUACAACAUGAUGCCAUGACGAUCAAGAGGAAGGUCGACACGAAGUACAAACUGCCCACGCUCAACUGGAUCGCGCUGAAACCCAAUCAGGCACGAGCCCGCUGCGAGCUGCUCGCGCGUGGUUCGCAGGGAGAUCGCAUCGACCUGAGUGGCGGUAUCACUACGAGCACAAAGGCGACUCGCAGUAGGAUCCGGGAGCUCGCAGCCAAAUACGCGAUGACCGUAGGCGAGCCGUACUCACUUGAAGAUACUGUAUCAAGUGAGUACAUAGGCACGAGCCCGCUACAACACGACGCCAUGACGAUCAAGAGGAAGGUCGACACGAAGUACAAACUGCCCACGCUCAACUGGAUCGCGCUGAAACCCAAUCAGAUGCACCCGCCGUUACAACACGACGCCAUGACGAUCAAGAGGAAGGUCGACACGAAGUACAAACUGCCCACGCUCAACUGGAUCGCGCUGAAACCCAAUCAGGUCCGCGGCACAAUAUUCAACGAGCUAGACGAGGAGCGUCCGCGGCGGCGGAUCAACUUCGCGGAGUUCGAGGAGAAGUUCCGCAUCGGCGGCGUCACCGCGGCCGUCGACGCCUGCGACGCCGACACGCUCGCUUCCUUCCCGUCCAAGCGCUUCCGCAAGCCCGACACCGUGUCGCUGCUCGAGCACACCAGGCUGAGGAACAUCGCAAUCUCCCGAAGAAAACUCGACACGCCCGUCGAAAAAGUGAUCGCCGCCGUUAACAACCUCGACCUCAAACAGCUGCCUCUAGAAAACGUCGAGAUCCUCCAACGAAUGGUCCCGACAGAAGCCGAGCAGAAAGCCUACAAGGAAUACUUGGCAGAGAAGAAAAACAUCAACCAACUCACAGAAGAAGACAAAUUCCUCAUGCAACUCGCCAAAGUCGAGAGGAUAUCAGCAAAACUGUCUAUAAUGAGCUACAUGGGCAAUUUCUUCGACAACAUCCACCUCAUCACGCCUCAGAUCCACGCCAUAAUAUCCGGAUCUUCCUCAGUCAAAUCCUCACAGAAGUUACGGAACGUUCUGGAAAUCAUCCUAGCUUUUGGGAACUACUUGAAUAGCAGUAAACGAGGGCCAGCAUAUGGAUUUAAACUGCAAUCUUUGGAUACGCUCAUGGAUACGAAGUCGACGGACAAAAGGAUAUCCCUGCUGCAUUAUAUUGUGGCAACGAUACGACAAAACUUCCCUGAGCUGAUGAAUUUCGACACAGAGUUGCUGUAUAUUGAUAAAGCUGCUCAAGUGUCGCUAGAGAACGUGUUAUCCGACGUGUGUGAACUCGAGCGGGGCAUGGAAGCGGUGCGAAAGGAGCUUGAAGCGAGGGAUUCCCACCGCGCGGCCAACAACCAUGUGCUGAGGGACUUCCUGGCCAACGCAGCGGAUAAGCUUAGGAGACUCAGGACCGAGAGCAAGCACGCACAAGACUCAUUCGCGAUGUGCGUGGAGUACUUCGGCGAGGCGCCCCGCGGUUGCGACGCGAACGCUUUCUUCUCGCUGCUCGUGCGGUUCACGAGAGCGUUUAAGCAAGCGGACGCAGAGAACGAGCAGCGACGCCGGCUUGAGCAGGCCGCGGCGCACGCUGACACCGUCGAUCCGCACAAGGCCAAGGUCGCGCAGAAGAAGCAGCAGGAGGCUGUGAUCAACGAGUUAAAAACGAAGUCGCAGGCUGUCGGCGAAAAGAAACUGCUUCACCAGGACGAAGUUUACAACGGGGCGCUCGAGGACAUACUCCACGGGCUUCGGUCCGAGCCCUACCGGCGUGCGGACGCGGUACGUCGCUCGCACCGCCGCCGCAUCAACUCGCACCGCCUCUCUAAAGGGCUAGACGACCUGGACGUAUGAUACGAGCCAAACGGGCAGCCGCCCGACCCAAUCCUCACCCCGGUCCAACUCGCAGUCAACUCGAUCAACGCGCGCGAAAAGAAACGCAAAGACCUCGAAAUGGUGCACAAGAAAAACACUAUCUCGAUUUACAACAUUGAGGAGGACUCGGGAGAUUUCCACCCUGGCAACACUCGACGCCCCAAAAUGUCGAACUACAGAGUCGCCCCCACUGAGUGCGAGGUCGACGAGCGGUGCGAGCUUAUCAAAUCCACGUACGACGUCAUAUCCAAGUACACGCGAGCUAUGUUCGACAAACAAAACGAAACCGUCGUUUGAACGAUGUGCCUAUUUAUAAACUUCACGUGCAUUACAAUCAAUCGAGCUGGUCUUGCCAUUGGUGAAAAAUUAUUAUUGCAAUGCACGAGAAGAAAUAAUUUGUUACGCCUACAAUUUCAUUCCAUUCCACGUGUGACAGCGAACGCAGUAUUUUGCUACGAACACUUUACAAUUAACUAAUUUGUGAGACGAAAGCUAAGCUUUUGGUAGUUUUAUUUGAAUGCCCGCCGCGACACGUAGUAAGGCGCUCCGCAAUCGGUUAGAGCCGUUCCUAAGAUAUUGAGUAAUAUAAUAAACCCCUUCUAGAGUUAUUUGCAAGAAAUUGCUCUCUAGCAAUUGGACCGCCUGAUUAGACAAAGGAGCGGCUUUAACGGGAGCGAGCACAAAGUAGUCUAAAAGCGGCAGUCCUUGUAGUCCCGCUAGAUAAUAAAUAGCCUUGUCUAAUAUACGCACAGUUUUAUACCCACGUAUUUUAAAUCCGACCCAAUUUUUACAAAUAUUUAUUACCCAGUUAUAUGGCUUAAUAUAAUGUAACAGUGUCCUUAAGAUAUUUAUACUCGUAUACACCAAUAAACGACAUUUCGUAUUAAAGAAUCUUAUAGAAUUAAAAUGUAUAUGCAUUUACAGCAUUUUUGUACCAAUAAUGUGAUAGUUCAAAUUGUUCUCUCUAUAUUUGCAUUUUUUAAUCUGGCAAUGUUAUAGUAUUGUAGUAUGUAGCAUUUGUAUGGAGCAUGACAAGUUUUUGUAUGUUUAAAUAAAUUCCACUACAGUAAACGAAUACGUUAAGAAUAAUAUUUUUCGUAUUAAUCUUUUUAAGUUAGUUUGUUUUGAUUUUUCUCCCGAACGAACACUAAUCCGAUCUGACAUGAAACUCGAAUAAAUUCUUAUUAAUUUGUAAAUAUUAAUUUUCUUUAUUGUGAAAGUUCCAAUUUCAGAAAUUGCAUAGAAUGUAAAUAUAGUAUUUUUAUAUGUAUUCACUCAAGGUACUUGAGAGUUAGGCAUGCAAUAAACUUUUGUAGGAUAUUAUAUGUAAUUGAUAAUAUAAUAUUAUUAUUAUUACACAAUUUCGUCUGAAAUCGGUACUAUUACAAAUUAAUUAUAUUGAGUAAUUAUUAUAAUUAAUGAUUAAGUAAUUUAAUAUAUUCAUUGCUUAAGCACUUUAGUUUCUAUUAAAGUCUGUAAGCAAUUACAUCAACGUAAUAUGUUUGAAAACAUAUUUUACUGCCUUUUGUGAUAAAAAAGCAUAAUUGUUUACUAUUGUAUCAAUAUACGAAAUAUUAACACUUCGCAAAAAAGGGAAUAAAUUAUUAAUAUCAUAAUUUGAGUCAUUAUAAUUCUAUUCUUAAUUCUUAUAUUUGAUUGUUACUUACUUUAAAUUUAAAAUCAAUAGUUAUUUUGUGAGAUGGCUUUUAAGAAUUUUUAAUUGUUAAUUUCGCGUUGAUGUAAUUACAUGCAUACGGCCUCCCGGGCUACCGUAACAUAAGGGUGCUUGAACGCACAUUGCUACGUAUCUUUUGCUCGUGUAUUUUUAUAUAUUUUAUAUGGUUUCGCUAAGUCACGACGGAUUCGACAAAAGUAAUGUUUGUUUAAAUUAUUAAUACAGGGUUUUAUAUCAAGCGAAUAUGCACAAAGACUUAUUACAAUGAGGAUGUCGAAUUUUCUCAAUAUGUUGUGUAUAAUUUGAUAUUAAUAUUGAUCACAUGGAAGUGAACAUGUUAACAAAGUUAAUGUCAUUCUUGUAAUCUGACUACAGGUUUUUUUAAUGAAACUAUUGUAUUAUUUAUUCAAACUUCCCUUCAUAACUGAAGAACCUUUAAUUUUGUAUUAAUUACGAAUUUUUCUUUUUAUCAUAUCAAUCGUCUUCACUGUCUGUAGUUGGAGUCAUGUUUUUAAGUUUAGUAGAAGUUUAUGAUGUUUUCUGUAUAGUUAUUUGUAUGUAAUGUAUACAAUACAAGAGUUUUAAAUGGUUUUAAUUAGUUUUGUUCUUAUUGCAUGUAUGCUAGCAUUAGUACCAGUAUUCAGCGAUGCAAUAAACAAAAUACAUUUACAUCUACAAAAA